GAGAGAGAGAGGAGAGAGAGAGAGAGGAGAGAGGAGAGAGAGAGAGAGAGAGAGAGAGCGCACCAAGUCACCAGGAUAGGCUCCAUCAUACACACUGUAGGUUUUCGUGCCACACGGAGACUCUAGUUUCCAAAUAAAUAAAUAAAUAAACAAACAAACAAAAUAAUGGAUGGGACAAAGCCGGCCAUGGAGUCGAACGCAGAGGAGACUCCAGAUGAGGGACAGGAGAGCAAAGGAUGUUUCGAGUGCUGCAUCAAGUGUCUGGGCGGUGUGCCCUAUGCAUCCCUGGUGGCUACAAUCCUCUGCUUCUCAGGCGUGGCUCUUUUCUGCGGAUGUGGCCAUGUGGCGCUGACCGGCACCUUGGCCAUGUUGGAGAACCACUUCUCCACUGUCACCAGCGAUCACACCACCCUCACCAUGGUGAUCCAGAUCUUUCAGUACAUCAUCUAUGGCAUUGCAUCUUUCUUUUUCGUCUAUGCCAUCAUCCUGCUGGCUGAGGGCUUUUACACCACCAGUGCCAUCAAGAAGGAACUGCAGAGUGACUUCAAGACCACUGUGUGCGGGCGCUGCAUCACCGCCUUCUUCAUGUUCCUGACCUACAUCCUCACCCUGGCCUUCCUCGCCAUCUUUGGCUUCACGGCGAUCCCCGUUUUCCUCUUCUUCAACAUGUGGAACACCUGUGCCGCCAUGAAGUCUCCCGAUUCCAACAUCACCUCGCCUGAAUCUGUGUGUGUGGACGUGAGGCAGUACGGUGUUAUUCCAUGGAACGCUACACCAGGAAAAGCCUGUGGAUCCACUCUGGGAGACAUCUGUAACACCAACGAGUUCUACCUGUCCUACCAUCUCUAUAUUGUUGCGUUAGCCGGUGCUGGCGCCACCGUCAUUGCAUUGAUCCACUACCUGAUGAUUCUGGCAGCUAACUGGGCCUACCUGAAAAAUGCCGUCUCCACGCAUGAGUACCAGGACAUCAAGACCAAGGACGACCAGGAUCUGGAGGCCGAGGCGCGCUCUAAGGAGGGCCAGAACUCCUCCUCUUACUCAUAAAGAUCAGCGAUGCUCUCCUGCUGCCAAACAUCUCCUCCCUUCACCUGAAACUCAACCUCACAACACCCAGAGCCCAUCCUGCCAACUCCCCCACCCCCACUUUGUUUUAAUUAACCACCAUGUUUGACAGCCCCCCCUUUUCACCUGCACCCACCCCCAACACCAGCCUCCUGGUUCUCCAUCCUCUUCCCUUCUGCAAAGUUCUCCUAGCACCAGAAGGGAAGAGAAUCGAGGAUCUGGAGGAACCAGCAGCCCAGAAGGAGGCAGAUGCUUCCGAACAGGAACGCUCGCCUGCCGGGUCGAGCUCAGGUAACGGUACAUCGGUUCAGAAGUGUCUCCUCCCCGUCUCGUGCGUUUCUUGGGCGGCAGCUCGUGACGGUGGCCCGGCUGUGAUGGCCUCGCGCCCUGAGAAAGGCACAGCUCAACACUCAGCUCCUAACAGCCUAAAAACAAACAAAAAAAGAACAUUGUUCACGGUCUGUUUCAGUCACGGAGAAACGAGCCAGUGACCAACCACCCUCUGUUUUUUUUGGUUUUAUAUGCAUAUAUAUAUAUAUAUAUGAAUAUGAAUAUAUUGUGCGAAUGUGUACAAAUGUUUUUGUUUUUCUUUUAAUACUCUUUUAAAAGUAUGCCAGGUACUAUUACAAUCCUUAUGUUUGUGUAAAUCGCUUUUCCUGCUUUUCUUUCCAUUCUAAGUUUUCAUUGAUAAUGCUUGAUGUUAUUGCACUACUCAAAAAACAAAAGGGAGAUUGACAAACCCCUUAAAAACACAAUGCGCCACAGAAACGCCCAUUUUCACAACUUGGUUUUUCCAGGAUUAUUGUGAAUUUCCAUGAUUCCUUCACCAACAGUUACCUUGGAGACCAGAGGUGUAGAGAACGUGACAUCCACCAGCGGCAGGAGAAAUCAAAAACAAAUAUGGGCUACAAAUGUAAAAGAUGUACCUCAGGUAUCAAACCAAAUUCAGCCAGAUGUCUUCUCCCCCCCCCC